UAAACAUCAUCACCAUUAAUAUCGGAAACAAGGAGUAGCUAGCAGAGCCUUGAGAGGAGGGCAUAGGUGUAUUGAAUUGGAAGAAGAUGAGCAUGAUGACUACUACAAACACAAACUCCUUAAGCAUAGCCAUGUUCCCUUGGUUUGCCUUUGGCCACCUACACCCCUACCUCCACCUUUCAAACAAGCUAGCCCAGAGAGGUCACAGUAUCUCCUUCUUGAUCCCAUCCAAAGUUCAACCCCAAUUAGAGAAAUUCAACCACUACCCUCACCUCAUCACCUUCAUACCUCUCGUCGUCCCUCAGGUCCCUGGCCUCCCACCUGGUGCAGCAACCAUGUCCGACGUCCCCCUUCCUAUGGCUCCGCUACUUGUCACUGCACUGUUUCUCAUGCAAGACCAAGUCGAAGCUGUUCUCAACUCAAUCCAACCCAACUUAAUCUUCUUCGACGUAGCUCACUGGAUCCCAGCCUUGGCUCGCCGCUUCGGCAUCGUCUCGAUCCACUACUCCAUUGUUGGGGUCUCGUCUAUAGCUCACCACUUAGUCCCUGCACGGAGUAUAAGCAAGGGUCAACACUACACCGAGCUGAUGCGUCUCUGGCCUGGCUUUCCUUCAUUUAUGCAACUACAUACAUACGAGGCUCGCCCAAUCAUGGAAUUCUUGACUCGGGACUACAUCGAUGGGAUGACAUUCGGUGAUAUCCUCAUGGCUUCCAUGAGAGAUUGUGAUGCUAUAGCCCUGAGGGCUUGGAGGGAUGUUGAGGGACCAUACUGUGACUACUUGGAGAGCCAGUAUGGGAAGCAGGUCUUUCUAACCGGACCGACGCUACCCGAUCUACCCACCACCAAGCUAGAGGACCGGUGGGUGAAGUGGCUGGGACGGUUCAAGAGGGGAACCGUGGUGUACUGCUCACUGGGGAGCGAGUGUGCUCUCAAGAAAGAGGAGUUACAAGAGCUGGUUCUGGGCCUGGAGUCUACUGGUUUUCCUUUCUUAGCUGUAUUGAAACCCCCGUUUGGGUGUGCAACGGUGGAAGAAGUAUUGCCAGAAGGGUUCCAAGAAAGGGUGGAAGGAAGAGGAGUGGUUCACGGGGGUUGGGUGCAACAGACGUUGAUACUAGGACACCCCUCAGUGGGGUGUUUUGUAACACACUGUGGGGGAUCUUCUACUUGGGAAUCAUUGAUGAAUGAUUGUCAAGUGGUGGUGUUACCUCAAAUAGGUGACCACUUUUUUAAAGCGAGGUUGUUGAUUAGAGACCUGAAGGUGGCUGUGGAGGUGGAGAGAAGGGAAGAGGAUGGGUGGUUCACUAAGGAGGAUGUGUGUAAGGCGGUGAAGUUGGUGAUGGACGAUGACAGCAAGGUUGGGAGGGAAGUGAGAGCCAACCACGCAAGGUGGAAGGACAUGUUGUUAAGGCCAGACCUCGAGUCUUCUUAUCUCGACAGUUUUAUGGAGAAGUUAUACGAUAUAACAAAAACGGCCGCUGCCUACAAAGCCGCAGACGCCGCGGCCGCCGCCCCCACUGCCGCCGCCCUUUCGUUACAUAAUAAGGCUUAACUGAUCAGGUCCUCAUACGAGAACUUGGUCUUGUACGUUCCUUUUGCUGUCAUAUGUAAUCCAUUGAAAAUUAUUACCUAGAGUACCAACCGUUCUACUCUC